CCCCACGAGAAUGAACUGGAUGGCAGCGACGUGCUGGGCUCUGCUGCUAGCCGCCACCUUCCUCUGCGACAGCGGCGAGACCAAGGGUGGCCGUGGAGGGGCCCGCGGCAGCGCGCGUGGAGGGCGCGGGGGCGCACGCGGGGUCCCCAGGGUGCGCGUGAGGCCGGCGCCCCGCUACUCCGGGUCCUCUCUGCGCGUGGGGGCGGUGGCGGCAGCGGCGGCGGCGGGGGCGGCGGCCGCGGCCUCGUCGGGCUCAGGCUGGAGGAGGGCCCUGGGGCCCUGGGAGAGUGACCUGGAGGGCGAGGACACGGCAUCCGGAGGCAACAGGACGGCUGUCUACAGCUACUGGGCAUGGACGUCGGACGCAGGGCCUCUGUGCAGCCUGCACCUCUGCCUGCUGCUUGGCGGCGCCCUCAGCGCCCUGGGGCUGCUGCAGCCCUAGGCAUGGCAGGGCUCGGAGCCAACUCGGCCCCCCAGCCCGCACCCUCCCCGCAGGCGCAGCCCACAGCCCACGGUCCUAGAGUCCAGAAAGGCUGCCUGGGUGAUGCCGACCAGUCCCAGCAGGAGCUGCAUCCUCUCUUCCCUGUGA